GGAGCAAUGGCUAUGCAGAUGCAGUUCGAAGGAAAUGCAGAUACAUCAGCAGAGGAAGAGAGCUUUGGACCACAGCUCAUAUCUCGGUUAGAGCAAUGUGGUAUAAAUGCAAAUGAUGUGAAGAAAUUAGAAGAAGCUGGAUUUCACACAGUUGAGGCUGUUGCUUAUGCACCAAAGAAGGAGCUACUAAAUAUUAAAGGCAUCAGUGAAGCCAAAGCUGACAAAAUCUUGGCUGAAGCAGCUAAACUGGUUCCGAUGGGUUUCACCACAGCAACGGAGUUCCACCAGCGAAGGUCAGAGAUCAUCCAGAUCACCACUGGGUCCAAAGAACUUGAUAAACUUCUUCAAGGAGGAAUAGAAACAGGGUCCAUAACAGAGUUAUUUGGGGAGUUUCGUACCGGAAAAACACAGCUGUGUCAUACCCUGGCAGUAACCUGUCAACUUCCCAUUGACCGAGGUGGCGGUGAAGGAAAAGCUAUGUAUAUUGACACAGAAGGGACCUUCCGUCCAGAACGUCUUCUUGCUGUGGCUGAAAGGUAUGGCUUGUCUGGCAGCGAUGUCCUAGAUAACGUGGCCUAUGCUCGAGGUUUUAACACAGAUCAUCAGACCCAGCUCCUGUAUCAGGCGUCUGCUAUGAUGGCUGAAUCACGAUACGCGCUACUGAUAGUGGACAGUGCCACAGCCCUUUAUCGGACAGAUUACUCAGGAAGAGGUGAGCUGUCAGCUAGACAGAUGCAUCUGGCCAGAUUUCUGCGUAUGCUUCUUCGACUUGCAGAUGAGUUUGGUGUGGCAGUUGUGAUCACUAACCAAGUGGUAGCACAAGUAGAUGGAGCGGCCAUGUUUGCUGCAGAUCCCAAAAAACCUAUUGGAGGAAAUAUCAUAGCACAUGCUUCCACUACAAGACUGUACCUGCGAAAGGGCCGAGGUGAAACAAGAAUAUGUAAAAUUUAUGACUCUCCUUGCCUUCCUGAGGCUGAAGCAAUGUUUGCUAUUAAUGCUGAUGGAGUGGGAGAUGCUAAAGACUGAAGACUCCCUUUGACUUCCCUUGUAAUCCCAGACUAGGUGUCCGUAAAUGGCUCCUUUCUUCGCGGCGCCU